UGGCAUGAGCUGUGAGCAGGCGACGAGAUCAGUCAAAACGAAAUGAACCGAUGGCGAAGAGAUACGCGUUGGCCGUCGCAAUCGUGACCCUCGUCCUGCCUCCGCCCCCCCCCCCCUCCCCAAAAAACCGCCGUCUCCUCUCCGAUCCCCGGCCGACUUGUGGCGAGCAAGCGGCGAAACGCAGAUCCGAUCGGAUCGAGGGUCAUCGGUCUACUUGGGGAUUUCCUCGGAUCGCGGGUGUUGGGUUGGUCGAGGGAUUAGAAGAUCUCUCGAUUUCUAUUUUGAAGACGGAGGUUGAAGGGUCACAAGGAAGAUAAAAAGGGGAUCGGGUUAUUAUUGUUGGUGUUGGUGUUGUUUAGAUCGAGAAAGAUGAUAACGAGAUCGAACCUCGCGGAGCAGCUGAGGGAAUACCAGAUGCGAUCCAAGCACGAGUGGGCCACCGCCUCCUUCUUCUCCUCCACCUCCUCCCAUGCCUCCUCACGGGUCGAUGCAGUAUUUGUGAUAUGGGAGAUGUUGAUGUUUGCUCUCCUUGUCUUCGCAGGUGUUGCUUUGUACUUCAGGUAUAUGAAGCUUGCUUUUCUUUUGAUGUGUGUUACUGCAGUUGUUCUUGUGUGCAUGAAAGUAACAAAGCAAAUAAGACAAAACAGGAAGAGCAAACGUAAAAUGCUCCUCCCCUUGUCAAUGUAACACCACAGGGUUCGGUCUUGCAUUGACAAACUCAUUCUUGUGCAAAGGAUUUUCGAAUAUUGCAGCCAAAGAGCUUUCAUUGCUUC